AUGCUCCGUGACGAGCUCCUACGAUCUAAAAACGAUGAGAUCGCAAACUGUUUGUCGCGCAGAAAGCGCAAGCUCAGCGCAUUGUAUCUAGCCACGGUCGGGUUUGGCGCGACCGAGGACGCCCAUUACCACCAGAAAGAACAGGCUUUCCUCGACGCCAAUGAUCUCUCCAAAGGUCGUUAUUUCAAUGAAGCUACUCUUCCACCGCCAACCCAUGCGCGCGCGCUCUCACCAAGUCGAAAUGCAAUCCCCCCGACACCAGCUGCCAUUACCAACACCAAACCUGUCGCUGGGGUCACAUCACCUGUAACCGUUCAUGGUGGAGUUCCGCAUGCGACCGAGCCUCAACAGCGCGAAACGCCUGUCCUAGAUCAACCUCUCACCACGACACCUAAUCUUCCAACCUCUCCCGUGGAUGCAAUCGGAGCACGCCGGCCCUCAGUGCCAGCCGUCAGCCCUAAGUUGCCAAAGGAUCUCAACGUGCCUCCGAUCGCUGUGCAGUCACUCGACCCAUUGCGCGUCGACCAGAAAGGUAGUAUACCGAUAGCGGAAACGCCGCCUAGUGUAUGCGACCAUGACGGAAAUAACGCAAAGAUCUCUCCCCGCGUAUCAAAGCUAGCUGCGACUGGAGUUCCGUCACUGGAGAUUCCCUCCGACUCUCUUCGAAAGAAACACGAAGCACGACCCUCUCUUAGCCUGGGGCCAUCCUUACACGAACAACCACCAUCACCCGCCUCCUCUAUUGACCCCUACAAUAAUAACACACCCAUUCCAGUUGCCGCAUCACCUGACACUAGCCCCGCAGAGGAAGUGACUGAGGAUGUUGGGGCAAUUGAUCGCCCAAAACACAAACAUGACCGAUCUGCCCAAGCUCGGUUGAGCUUGGUCCCCUCAACCCCAGACGAGCAAUUGCGCCUAGAAGAAGCUCAGGCGAAACCCGAUAAGCCCUUGAAUGAUGUGAUCUCUGAUAUACCUUCAUCGAAAGAGGUGAUUGUGGAGAGCGUGGACACCGGGGCCGACGCAGAUCGCAUGGAUAUUGACCAGGAACCCGCCCCUGUCCCUUCCGAAGCGAAGCUACCACAAGAACCCCAGGCGGCGAAGCGAGAGUCAUUGUCACCGACCGCACAAGCCGAAGCCGCUGCAGAUUCAGCUGUCGAGACUCCGACUGCCAAAAAACUUUCUAUUCCACCUACUCAGCCUGGCUCAACACAACCAGAGCGCAUGACCACUCGAGUUUCAUCCGGAGCUAUUCGACACAAGUCUGUUUCCGAGAUCCUCGGAGAAACCCCGAAGAGUGUCGCUCAUGAUAGAAGCCACCUAGCUACCCCGUCUGAUCAAGGCUCUCCUGAUUCUGUCGCAAGAAUGCGCCUCAAGGACCGGAAGGAACGAGAGAAGGAGAGAAGUCGACUCUCAACUGUUGUGUUUCCAAAGCAGCCAACCCAGCAGGAGAAAGCUGAUUCUAUGGACCUUAUGCACCGAGACACAGAUGCGGUUGCCAAGCUGAAUGAGGAGCAAGACUAUCUUUUCACAUUAUUCUUGAACAGAGCGUACGCCCCUCCCAGGGGAACGAAUCUCAAUACUCUGCUGGCAUCCGCGCACAAAACUUUGAGUACCAGCAAUCAUUUGCUUGAAUACCAAGAACAGAUGGAUUGCCGUACCCUCCGGCGUAUCUAUGCUCUUCAAAAUGCGAACCGCUGGCCACUGCGACAAUUAAAACGCUCUGUUGAACCUCCCCGCCAGGGGGCACACUGGGACGUUGUUCUAGAUCACAUGAAGUGGAUGCGAACCGACUUCCGGGAGGAGAGAAAAUGGAAGAUUGCCGCUGCGAAGAGUUGUGCCGAUUGGUGUGCGGAAUAUGUCAACUGCGACGCGGAACAUCGGACUCUACUUCGCGUCCAAGCAAAGAUUCCAACCUCAAGUCUGGCAGAAAAGGAUUCCUCUAAAGCGGAUCUCAGCCCACCCUCCGACGAUGCUGCCGAUGAAGUGUUUGGUGUCUCUCAUCCAACUCCUGAUCUCAUUCCAUCUGCCGAGGAGGAAUCGGUCAGUGAUGGGUUCAAUGACGACCAUCGACACGACAUUCAUGACACAGUCGCCCCUGCUGCUAUUUUCUCUCUGGGUUCAGACGAGUUCAACUUCUCAAUCGACAUGACCCCCGCUGCUGAAAAGCUGUUAGACGAACUGCCGAUAUAUGGACCGCUCCAGAUCCCCCCGGGCACCAACGCACCCGUAUUCAAAGUCUCCCCUGACACAGUUUGGAAAACAGAACUACUACCAGUCACCAAAUUUGCAUCGGCGAAGAUUACCUUCCACGAUGACGAUCAUCCCCGCAAACGGAGCAGAUAUGAUUACUCCCAGUAUGGGAAUGAUUCGGAUAAUCGCAUCACUGAAUUGGCACCUGAGCAGACAAACGUUGCACUCUUUCGCCCAGAGAAUAAGCCCAUCCGUGAUCGCAUUCACCCUGGUCAUCAAUUCCGGCCUCCGACUGAACAUCCGAUGCCGUCUGUUGGCUUCUUUGAAUCACGUUCAUCCUCGCAAUGGACUUAUGCUGAGGAUGAUGAACUCCGACGCUUGGUCAAGGAGUACUCGUACAACUGGUCUUUAAUUUCCAGCUGUCUUACCCCAUCAUCACUCUUCACCUCCGGCGCCGAGCGACGGACUCCUUGGGAAUGCUUCGAGCGAUGGGUGGGACUGGAAGGUCUUCCUGCAGAUAUGUCCAAAACUCAAUACUUCCGAGCUUACCACCAGAGGCUUGAGACUGCCCAACGCACUGUUUUGGCCCAGCAGCAGGCUGCCCAGCAACAGCAGCAACAACAGCAGCAGCAGCAAGGCGCCAACGCUCAGCCUCAGCCACCUGUCCGCAGAAGGACUACACAGCCUCUUCGGGUUGACCGGAGACGAUCUUCGAAGCAUCUUGCUUUGCUUGAUGCCAUGCGAAAAUUGGCCAAGAAGCGGGAAACUAUGCUUCAGAAACAACAGCAUGCUUCCCACCUCGCUUCAUUGCGCAAGGCCAAUGAGGCUAAUCAGCCCAAGCCUCCGAUAUCGUCUCCGGCUGAGUUCAGUCGGUUGAAGUACGACAGAGAGAUGAAGCUGCAGGAAAGGCAGGAACAGUACCGCCAGCAAAUGAUUGCGCAGCAAAGAGCUAGUCUCGCAGCGCAGCGUUCCGGCCAAGUACCUAACCAACAGCAAAUGAUGAACGCACCGGGGCGUAACAACGCCAUGCCCCCCACUUCCAAUCCUAGCCUGCCAGGUGGAACUCCGAAUGCAAUGGCCAACGGCAUGCCUCCUAGUACUGGUGUCAAUCAAGGUCGUCCCAUUCCAAUGCCGAACAUGCCUAACGGUGCACAGCCCAAUGGCCAGAUGCCCAAUGGAAUGGCUAUGAAGAUGAUGCCGCAAGCUCAAAUGCAGCAAACACCAGGGGCACGACCAGGGCUGCCAAUGCAAGCCUCUCCUGAUAACACGCGCGUGAUUCGAGAAGCCAAUCGAUUGCAGGAGCAACAGCGUCUUCUCCAGUCUCGGCAACAGCAGCCGCACCCUCAGCAGGGCCAGCAAUUCCACAACCCACAAUUUGGGUCUCAGGGAUCACCGAACCUGAACAUGUCGAAUGUUAAUGGCACUCCUAAUAACCCUGCUAUGAUGGCUGCCAUCCAGAACCAAGGGGGAAUGCAGAGCCCCUCGUUCCACGGUAGUACGCCACAAGGUGUCUCAACCCCAUCGCCUCGUAUGGGCCAGCCCAAUCCUCUUUCGAGCGGCGUUGUCCCCCAAAUCAGCACUCUUCAGAGCCAGAUUCAACGCACGAACCCGAAUAUGCCCCCGGAGCAAGUGACUAAGCUGGCCACGGAUCGACUCAACCAAUAUCAGCAGCAGCAACAGCAGCGCUUGUCCCAACAAGCCGCAAUGAAUGCCGCUGCGGGUAGCAUCAAUGCAAAUGCCGUUCAGGCUAACUACCAAGUUCCCCACGAGGCUAAUUUCCAAACGAAUGGUAGUUCUGGCAUACAGGUCCCUCAAAACCAAGGGUUCUCCCCAAUGAUGCGGGUGCCUCAGCCUGGUCAGCAAAACCGCGUUGGCCCGACUAGCUCGCCAGCCUUGAACGGUGCUGCACCCCUGCCAAGCCGCAGCGCCACUCCUCAAAACCAGCGCAGCGGCAGUGCCCAAGCUGGCACCGUUCAAGGUUCUAGCAAGAGCCCGCACGCUCCGGCAGCCCAAACUACUGCGACCAGCUAG